UCUGACUCAACAUUAGACACCGCAAGCCUUGGUUCCCGACUAGUUGUGAUUCAGCUGAAUGGCCUGAUCCCUUUGUUAUCCCAGCUUUUUCCCAUGAUGUUGAGUUUCAACUACGGGCCGCAAAUGAUGCCUAUGCCAAGGAUGGAACUGUAAUGGUCAUCUCAAAGGGUGUGAAGAGUGAAAUACUGGACAGACUUGCUGAUAUUGUAUCCAAAAUCACAGCCUAUCCCAGCAAAGACCAUUAUGAAAGCGUAGCCAAAGCUCUUAUUGCAAAGCACCCUUGUCUCAGGGAGCCUGGGUCAGGUAAAGGAUGGUAUUGCUGGGUGUUCAGCUUGAGAUUCAAGAUGGGCAAUUACCGUCAGAGAAUGAUGGUAGCUGGAUGUCCUGAAGUUCUUGUAAAUAAAAGAAAAAGGGGAGAGGGACGCUGCAAGCCAGUCAAGAAGUCAAAAAAGGGAGAGAUCCACUACCUGCCAGAGCCACCUGAUGGACAGACUGCUGCGAAAUCAGAGAAGGAUCGUGAGACAAUGCUUCUAGAAGUGCAGAAGAGAGAUCCAGAUUUACAACUCCUGGAUGAACUGAUGAUUUCAACAUUCUCACAGCGAAGACAGGAGGUCAUCGGUGAUGAACCACUCAUCUCUGAAGUCAUGGAGAGAUGGCCUGCACUGUUUUGUCAAAGACAGCUAAGCGCCGAGUUCCACAGAAUUGUCACUACAGACCUGCUGGAGUCAUUUCUGGAAGGACUAGAUGCCAUGGUGCCAAGUCUUUUGGGAGUGUACAAAGCUGCUGUCGCAUCGAGCAGAAAGUUGACCCUGAGUGGAAUUCUGGAGUGUCUUCAAAAAGAGGACACAAACCAAAACAGGAGAGCAGCUGCCCUACUUGGUCUUCCUCAGUUUCUUUCAGAGGAUUCCUCCGAUAUAAUCAGGAUGUGUGAUGCUCAUGGAGAAACCCUUGAUGAGAUAAUGAAAGGAAUGCAGGUCGGACUGCUUAUUGGACAUGAAGGCCCUCUCCAUGAUGCAUUUCCUCUGGAAGUCUUUCAUGUGGCUGUGGUGAUAGAGGAGACAAUUAUCGUGCAUGACCUCAAGGAUGUGCCCACAGGCUUUGCCAUGUUAAUGGGUGCAAUCUACUGCCUUAACCUCGAGUACCCCCGCAACAUGAAGUACUCCUUUGAAUUCCUUCAGAGGGUCAUCAUGAGCAUUAAACCGGACCAGUGCUCAGCAAGAAUCCAUGGUCUCAGAAAUAAGCUGCUCAGAUAUCGCCUGUAAACAAAUAAAUGCCCAUCAUUAGCUCCUUGUAGAAGAAAACAUAGUUUUUGGACUCUGGGAUUGUUCUUCAUAAAUUGUUUGUGUUUCCAGCAGUGUAGUUUGUACAGUGCAGUUCAGAUGUAGAUAAAACUGCAAAGAUAACACCUUUACACAGAUUAAUGCACAUCUCAAGCUCAUACUGAGAAGAAGCUGUUUGGGGGGACUUUUGCAUUGUUCUUACAAAUUGCUUAUGUUUUUAAAGUGUAGUUUGUACAACACAAGUCAGUUAUGGACCAAGCAAGUCAAGAAAAGAGCAUAAAUUAAAAGGUGAAGACCUUGCACACUGUUCUGAACUGUAGGUUUGUUAAAAUGUGUAAGAACCUUUGGUGAGGUCCUAACUAUGUUAACAAAAGAACAAUUUUACUUGAGUAUUGGUUAAAGAGAUCUGCUAUCUAGACAUGGAAGUUUGUUGUAUGGUUUUAGAAAGCUCUCAGUAUCCCUUCAUUUGUCUCAGCAGAACCCCACAAUACCUCAAACUCUCUGUUUCUCUUUUUUCAUCUUUCUUAUUCUCAUUUCAGGUUUUGGAAGAAUGUGGGAACCAGCAGAUUUGUUAAACUUUUGUUUUUGGGGUUGUAUCAUGAUACAUUGUAUCAUAUUGUUCUUGUUUAUAUUUGGAUUUUAUAAAACCGUUUACUGUCUCUCUCUCAACCCCAACACUGGCAGUUAUAACGAGACUGAUGUGUUAAGUCAUGGUUGGUUAAGAUUUACCAACAUGCAACAUUGUUCUUGUUCAUCUCAGGUUUUUAUGAACCCAUUGAUGGUCUUACAUGAGCCUGAUUGUUCAGUGUCAACCCACCUAUUUAGGUGUGAAAGCAUG